AUUUUGCAGACCUGCGUAUCCCCUCAGGCCGGCAUGGUUAGCGGGAGCGGGUGCCGUUGGAGGAGGUCUGAUCUCGUCUGCGGCGGGGGCGAGAGAGCAAGGCCACGGCGUCGCGGCAAUGAGCAGCACCACCGCCGACACAUCCCCGGAGAGCGUCGGCUCCUGCCGCCCUCCCACUCCUCCUACUUCCCUUCCCCCUCAUUCAGCGCCGGCGGCGGCCCUCCGCGGCGCUCCAGUGAGGCGGCAACUGGACUUCGCGGACGCGGACGCCGACUCCUGUGCCGGCGCCGGUGGCGACCUGGACGACUACGACGACUUCCUUAUCCGCGCCGUGGAUGACAUUGAGCGGGGCUAUAACGAGGCCAAGCGACGCGCUCCGCCGUGCGUCUGCGGGCGCGGCUAUUGCGCGGUGCAACGGGACGACCAGAGCGGCGGGUGGAUGUACGUCUGCUCAUCGCAGCCGAAGUGUAAACAUGUUGCCAUGUGUAAGGAAGUUGAUCAGAAUCCACAAUCACCGCCUGUUGUUAGAAGUGAUCCUAAAACAAGCAAUCGUUGUGCAUUCAACGUUCCAAGGACUCCUGUAAAUGAUGCUAGAACACAAAUUAAUAAUGUUACUCUCGAAGGUGCUGGUGCUACAACUCCAAUUAAUGUCAGUCCCCAGGCUGCUGUUGCUGCAACUCCAUUUAGUUACACUUCGAAAGGUGUUGGCGCUAUGACUCCAGUUCAUGUUAGUCCCCAAGGUGCUGGUGCUACAACUCCAAUUAAUGUCAGUCCCCAGGCUGCUGUUGCUGCAACUCCAUUUAGUUACACUUUGAAAGGUGUUGGCGCUAUGACUCCAGUUCAUGUUAGUCCCCAAGGUGCUGGUGCUACAAUUCCAAUUAAUAUCAGUCCCCAGGCUGCUAUUGCUACAACUCCAUUUAAUUACACUUUGAAAGGUGUUGGCGCUAGGACUCCAGUUCAUGUUAGUCCACAAGGUGCACACGCUACAGCAGCAGUUAAAGUUAGUCCCCAAUGGAAUAGAUCUAAUGAUGGACGAUGGAAUAGAUCUAAUGAUGGACGGCCAAUUUGCCAGUGUACUGCAGGGAAGUGUAAAAUAUUGAGAGUGGGCAAUGAAGACUGGUAUGUUUGCCCUAUACCCAAGGGACAAGGUGCAUGCAGUUACAAGGUGCCAGUAACAGAUGCUGUUGGAGCUGGAGACAACGACGACGCAAAUGGAUCAGCCAAUCCCGCCCAACCUAAUGACGACGAGUGGCCAUUCGACGUCAUCAACGAUGAAAUCGUGCCGACGCCGCGUGCUGUAGCCCAGCAGAAGUCACCGAGCACACCGCACCACCAGCGGAGUGGCACGGCGAGAACACCUGCGCCAUCGCCCGUGACGCCGUUCGGUAGCCGCGGCGCUAUGACCGGGCGCCCAAACGACACCUGCUUCGGGUGCGGCGAGAAGGGGCACUGGAUCAGCGCCUGCCCUAAACCGUCUCCGCGAAGUAGGUGUUUCCGUUGCGGCGUGGUCGGUCACAGGCCGGCCAAUUGUCCCCAGCCGAGAGGGUCUUAGAAUAGAAGGUUGUGGGUGAACUGGUGGUCUGAUGCUGCUUUUGGGCUGUGCCUCGUAGGCAAUCAGGGCUCAGGAGCAGUGCUAAUGUUUCUGCUUAGGAAUCUUAAGAGCUUGUUCGAUUUGAGGUGGAUCAGAGGGGAAUCCACCUCAAACCCAACAAGUCUUAAUCGGGUUUGGCAUUGUAGCUACGAGAGAGAGAGAGAGAGAAUAAUGUGUUUGUUGAGAGGUAGGGUGGACAACGGUGUAAAGGUCCGCAAUUGGGCCCCAUUGUCUGCCUAGUUUAGUUAAUUUAGUUAAUAACUAAAUUAAUGUAGUUAAUUCAGUUAAUGUAGUUCGGUACAUCUAUAGUACAUACAUCUGCGUCCUCUGUAUUGGACCUUUGAAGAACGGGAUGAACAUGAACCGAGGACGGACAUAUUGUAAGGUG